AACCAAAUAAAAGUUAAAAAAUAAUUUUAACUCUUUUAUAUAAGAUAGAAAUGUAAAAAACAAUAACAUACUCAGAGUAAAUACAUACUAAAAUAGAUACUUGAUGACAUUUAACAUAAAAAUAUAAUGAUUAAUAUUUACACGGUUAAUUUCAAAUCUUCAUUUUAGAAGUAGUUCCGAGUGAAAACAUCACUACCCAACACAAGCUGCUGGUGAUGGAUGUCAUGAUCAGAUGGGUGAAACAUAGGAGAGCUUCGAGUGGCAACGCACAAAUCCGGUGGAGGAGACUAAGUGGGGAGAAUAUUAGGUUGGAAGCUAAGAAGGUGGCAUAUUUGAGGUACAUGGGCUGUAAUGUUGAGGAAGAAAGAACGGCGUUACGAGUGGAGUACAAGAAGGUACGUAAAGAAGCCAAGUUAGAGGUUACGAGGGCAAAGAAUUCCGCUUUUGAACGCCUCUACAAGGAUACCGAGGAGAAAGGCGGUGUUAAUACACUGUUCCGGCUUGCUAAGGUGCGUGAGAGGAAGGCCCGAGAUCUGGACCACGUGAGAUGCGUGAAGGGGAGCGAUGGUAGAGUGUUAGUUGAGACUGCCAAAGUGGCUAAGCGCUGGGGGGAGUACUUUUGUGAACUCUUAAAUGCGGGAGGAGACCAAAGGCUAGUUCUUGAUGAGCUGGGGCAGUCCGGGGAGUCUCGUGUGUAUUGUCAGUGCAUUUGCCUGGGAGAGGUGGUUCGGGCACUCCGAGGGAUGCGUAGUGGGAGAGCUUUGGGAUCAGAUGAGAUUCCGGUGGAGUUUUGGAAGCAUGCGGGCCGUGAGGCCAUUCACCUCGUGAGGAGGUUAAUGGAAGAGUAUAGGGCUAGAAAGAAGGACCUUCAUAUGGUGUUUAUUGAUCUUGAGAAGGCGUACGAUAGGGUGCCAAGGGAGGUCUUAUGGAGGUGCCUUGAGACGAGAAGAGUUCCCAUCGCGUACACUCGCGCGUUCAAGGAUAAGUACGAUGGGGCUAUGACUAAUGCGGAUGGGGAGUUAGACGGGGAUGUUGGACAUCGUGUUGGAGUGGCUUGGGCCAAAUGGCGGUUGGCCUCAGGGGUGUUGUGUGACCCGAAGAUUUCGCCCAGGAUGAAAGGUAAGUUCUACCGAUCCGUAGUCAGGCCUGCUAUGUUAUACGAGGCAGAGUGUUGGGCGGUUAAGAAGACUCAUGUGCGUCGGCUGCAUGCGGCGGAGAUGCGAAUGUUACGAUGGAUGUGUGGGAAGACAAGGUUGGAUAGGAUUUCGAACGAAGUUAUCCAACGUCAGGUAGGCAUGGCGCCGGUGGAAGAUAAGUUGCGGGAAGCGAGGUUGAGAUGGUUUGGGCAUGUGAGACGGCGGGAUGCUGAUGCCCCUGUACGGAGGUGCGCGAGGAUCACGGUUAUCGGGGGAAGUAGGGGAAGGGGUAGACCUAGGAAGAAUUGGAAGGAGGUGAUUAGAAAGAAAAUCAGACUUCUCACCCUGACUAAGGAUAUGACUUUAGAUAGGAACCUUUGGAGGACUAGGAUUAAAGUAGCUGGUUAGGAGCUCGGUGCUGUAGAGGUUGAGCCGGGGGUCUCUUGGAAACAGCCUCCCUACUUUCGAGUAGGGGCAAGGU